AUGAGAGAUGUCAACACGCACAUUAUCAGCCCAGAGUGCCAGAGGACCGGGACGGGAUAUGCUCUGAGUCUCAAUCCUAAAGGAUUAAAGUGCGACGCCUUCAUUACCCAUUGUUGGGACGACACGCUCAAGAUUCGUGACGCGUUGAAACGGAGGCGAGGAAAUCUAAGAGAAAUUGACAAAUUGAUACAACAGUAUCGGAACCAUGAGCUUCAGAAGGAGGACCAUUGGCUUUACUUUUUGCUGGUGAUUGCAUCCUUCGUAGCGAUUGCUGCUGUGGCAAUCCGAAAUCCAGCCGGCAAUCCACUCAGUCGCACAGAGUUAAUAUCUUUCCUUCCAGAAUCCAAUCAAGACUCCAUUCUUCCAGGAUCGCCACAAGCAAGAGCUCUGGAUUGGACUAUGGAGCACCCCGAUUUUCUUGCGGCUCCAGAAUGGCGUAAACGACAACUGUUUGGGUUGAUGUCGCUCUACUACUCUGCCAUGUUGUCCUGGGAGGUCGAUAGUAGCGUUCAUGAGUGCAAAUGGAGAGACAAAAGUUGCAAGAAAACCGAUGUAUGCCAGAAACUGUGCAGUUGGUGCAUCUCUUGCACGGAAGAUGGGCGUAUUGAAAGGCUCAUUAUUCAACCCAACUCGCCAAUCCAGGGCUCCAUUCCUCCCGAAGUUUCCAUGCUGAGCUCCCACCUCCGAGAGCUCAAAUUCCAAGACAGAUACCUGUCCCGAAACAUUCAGUGGGAUGCGACGUGGUCAUUACCUACCGAGCUAGGCAUGCUGAGCAACCUCGAAAGUUUCGAUGUGACUGCCCUGGAGCUUACGGGGGUUGUGCCCACAGAAUUUGGUGCUAUGUCGGCCUUGGCGAAUCUAUCAUUGCGAAGCCACAUCCGCUUGGUGGGUGAGAUCCCGUCCGAGCUUGGCCUGGCCACAUCGCUGACCAACUUACAGUUGGAGGACCACAAAUUCCAUGGCCAAGUCCCCUCCGAGCUGGGGAAGCUGAGGAAGCUACGAACUCUGAAAAUCAACAAAAACCUUCUUAGUGGAACGGUCCCUGAGGAGAUUUGCAGCCUGCGACAUCUGGAAGCUAUUCGAGUUGAUUGCCAAAGCUUUUCGUCAUGCUGCGGAGGGGAUCCCAACAAGUGCAGAUGUUCUCGUCCAAAGCGCCAUUAG